GUCACCGUGGUGACGAGAGGCGCUCUGACAAUCUCCACAACAACAACUACCACAACCACCACAGCAACAACUACGACUUGUAUAUCACUGCUGCUACUACCCUCUUGCAGGAUGGACGGUGCCGGACUGGGCUCCUGCGGCCACCGCCCUGCUGCGUCUAGCCGAGCCGCGGGCCUCACCGUGGCCAACUUUGCCGACUUCGGCGACUUUGUCCGCCUGAUGUUCGGCAACGUUGACGGCAUCGGCGAUUGCGACGGCGCCGACUGCAGCGACUCCGAGGGCGUCGCCUUCAGCGACAUCGUCGGCGACUUUGACGGCGUCACUUUCGGCGACAUCGACAGGAUUGGCGACGACGACUUCGACGAUGGUGGUGACAACGGUGGUGAGGGUGGUGACGGUGAUGAGUGCGGUGAUGGUGGUGGUGGCGGUGGUGGUGACGAUGGUGGUGGUGACGACGGUGGUGGUGGUGACGAUGGUGGUGGUGGUGACGAUGGUGGUGAUGGUGGUGGUGGCGGUGGUGCCGGAUUGAAGGAGGCCUCUGACAGCUCCAUCCCCACAAUGCCGGAGCCGACGCGCAAACGGCAACACCAGAGCUCCGUCUCUGGCAGCAGUAAGAGGACGAAGACACAGAACACGGUGCUGCCUGGCAACCGCAGCCUUUACGACUGGUGGUCCACGUGGCGACAGCGUCGACUGUGGUCCAUGAUACGUGUGUUCCUGCCGACAGCACGGUCACAGCCACGUAGCAGCGGUGGUCACCACCACAGCUACGAGGAUUUUCUGCUAGAAGAUCCCGUGUACCAGCUCAGUGUUGAGGAGACACGGAGACUCUCCACACACAGAUACUCGGCCUGCCCCGACCAGACGCCAACACAGUAAUCAUCACUCGCAUUGUCAUCACCAUCAUCAUCAUCGUCACACACACACACAUUCAGAUACUCACACACUCACCCUCAUACACAGUCAC